UUAGUAUUAGGUAUGCGCGUGGUAUUUCUCCACCCUGACCUGGGCAUCGGGGGGGCGGAGCGCCUGGUGGUGGACGCGGCGGUGGCGGUGCGAUCCUGCCACCAGGUGGUGGUGUACACCACCCACCACCACCCCCACCACUGCUUCCCUGAGACUCGUGAUGGUACCCUUAAGGUGGUGUGUGUGGGAGACUGGCUGCCUCGUAGCGUCCUUGGUAAGGGCGCCGCCCUUUGUGCCUACCUGCGCAUGCUGCUGCUGGGGCUCUACGUGGUCCUUAGGGUGCCCUUUGACGUGGCCAUAGUGGACCAGGUCUCCGUGUGCGUGCCCUUACUAAGGGCCUUCUGCCGAGGCAAGGUGCUGUUCUACUGCCAUUACCCAGACCUCCUCCUCACCACUCGCAAGACCUUCCUGAAGAAGAUCUACAGGGGCGUGCUGGACGCCAUCGAGGAGUGGUCUACAUCUUGCGCCCACAAGGUCCUGGUGAACAGCGCCUUCACCGCCGGGGUCUUCAAGCAGACCUUUAAGUCCAUUAAAGACCCUCCCGCGGUCUUGUAUCCUUCGCUGAACACCGAGAACUUUUUAAAGUGUCCUGAGAGAAACAUGGAUGACUUGGGUAUUUCUAUGGCUGAGAAUGGGAACUUGUUCGUUUCUGUUAACAGGUUUGAAAGGAAAAAGAAUCUUGGAUUAGCCUUGCAUGCCCUCCGACAGUUCCUUGACACGCAGGAUUCCGACUCCGAGAUUUCAACCCCUUCACCCAAGGAUUCAACCCCAACAACCCCUUCACCCAAGGGUUCAACCCACCUGGUCAUAGCGGGGGGUUAUGACCCACAAAACCGAGAGAACAUAGAACACUACGAAGAACUGGUGAGGUUAAGUUCAAGUUUAAACCUUGACGAACACGUAACAUUUCUCAAGUCCCCCGACGAGGUCACCAAAGUUAACUUGCUGAGAAGAGCGACAUGUUUAAUUUAUACCCCCGACGCCGAACAUUUCGGGAUAGUACCUAUAGAAUCCAUGUUCUGUGGUACCCCCGUGAUAGGGGUUAAUAGUGGGGGACCCACGGAGACUGUGGUUCACGGGGUUACAGGGUAUUUGUGCCCCAAUACCCCUGAGGGGUUCGCGGCCGCCAUGAGGGAGGUGGUACCUCGGUCCAGGGAGAUGGGGGAGGCGGGCAAGAGGAGGGUUAGGGAGAGGUUCUCGUUUGAACGUUUCAGUCAGGAUUUGACUGAUAUCAUCAGUGAGCUGGCAGCUACGUAGAGAUUUUACCAUGAAUUUCCCCAUUUAAAUCCCCAGGGAUAAAGUGCAACAGGGUCUCCUCACGCUGCCAAGGAUAGUUCCUCAAUCUUGGGGAUUCGGAUUCCACUAGGAUAAUUCCUAAUCAAAUCCUUCGUUAUCGCGUCCAAGUCUCAGUCCUUGUCUUUGUGGCCGAUCAAACUGUGUUGAGAUCCUUCGUUUUGUGUGUGUUUAACUUGCAUCUGUUGUCCAUUAUUGAUUUUUAAUUUUAAAUUUUUGUAUUUCGUUGUAUUCGCGUGUUAAAGAAGGUGGCCAUAGAAGCCUUGCAGUUUGUUAAUAAAUUUAUACUAUAUAAAUAUUACAACCUGUUAUUCUUUAUUCGUCAAAUAUCCUGUGAUUAAAAUUGAAUUAUUUUCCUUCAAAUUUGUUAGGUCAAAUUUGGUUAUUUCCUUAAGAACCAAAGCCUUAAGGAACGACAUUAUCUUAUUUGAAGGCCUUGCAUUUUUUUACGAACUAAAGCCUGGAGCUGCACGAUAAAGUUGAAAAAAAAAAGUUGGCGCAUUUAUUAAUAAAAAACUAUUGAUAAAUUUGAACUGAUUUGACUAGUCGUGGUUGUACGUGUAGAAAAAUAUUAAUAAUCUCGAAAUCACGGCUCGUGGUAGCCAUCUUUAAAUUAUAUCCACAUUUCUACUGUUAUCCUUACAGGGGAUCUAAAUUUCUACACUCAUCUUUAAAUUAGUAUUAAAAAUGAAGCGUUUUCUUCAAAUGAAAUCUAAAUGACUACGUCUCAGUUGUAUCUGUCUUCUAGGUAGGGUUGUUAUUGGCUUUCUUAUAUUCAUUUUUAGUCGCCAUGCUAGUUAUUCAUACCUAUAUCAGUUUUAUUAAAGGUUAGUUUAUCAGGAUGUUUUUCUUAGGUCACUUUCUGUUCCAUAUUAACUUAUCUCAUCAUUAUUAUAUGUUAUUGUUCUUUCGAGAGUAAUGUCGCCUGUGGAGCUUUUUAGCUUAUAUAGGCAUUCACAA